AUGCGUAACCAUCCCCUCGCCCUCGCUUUCCUUUCCCCAGGUCCGACGCUUCCUCUGUCCGUCACCCUCGUCGUCGCCUUCGCUUCCGCAGCCCGUCGCAUUCGCUUCCCCCGCUCGUCGCCACUUUCGCUUUCGGAUGACCGUUGCCUUCUUAUCCCACCCGUCGCCUUCGCUUCUUCCCCCCCGUCGCCUUCGAUUUCCCCGCGCGUCGCCUUCGCUUCCCCCGCGCGUUGCCUUCGCUUCCCCCGCGCAUCGCCUCACUUCCACCGCGCGUCGCCUCGCUUUCCCCGCGCGUCGCCUUCGCUUACGCGCCCGUCGCCUUCGCUCACCUCCUUCCGUCGCCUUCGAUCCCCCCCUGCUGAUUCUUGCUUCCCCGCCCUUCGCUUUCUCUACCCCUCCCAUUGCCCGUCUUUAUUUCCUCCAUUCCCCCACCCUACGUUCACUCUCACCAACAUCCUCGCACACAGAAAUACCUCUUUCCGUGUUCCCCAUUCCUCUCUUCCCCUGUCCCAUCGUACCGGCCUCCCAGCCUACCCAACUCCGCACCCCUCCAUUCCUCGCUCGUUCUCCCCUCCUCUGCCUCCGAUCCUCCCAUUCUCUUCACUUUCGCCCUCCGUCCUUCUUCUCGUCCACCCUGCUCUCUCUCCUCCCCCCUGCUCACUCUCUUCCCCCCACCUUCACUCUCUUCUCUCCUGUUCACUCCCAUUCCCCCUGCUCACUCCCCCUGUCCUCACCCCACUUUCCCCCUUUCUCACCCAUUUUCCCCCCUCUCGCCCUCUUCCCUCCUUUGCUCGCCACUCUUUUCCCCGGCUCACUCCCUCACUCCCAUGCUCACUCCCUUACUCACAUGCCCACUCUCUUCCCCCUCUGCUCACUCUCUCCCCCUCUGCUCACUCUCUCCCCCUCUGCUCACUCUCUCCCCUUCUGCUCACUCUCUCCCCCUCUGCUCACUCUCUCCCCCUCUGCUCACUCUCUCCCCCUCUGCUCACUCUCUCCCCCUCUGCUCACUCUCUCCCCUUCUGCUCACUCUCUCCCCCUCUGCUCACUCUCUCCCCCUCUGCUCACUCUCUCCCCCUCUGCUCACUCUCUCCCCCUCUGCUCACUCUCUCCCCCUCUGCUCACUCUCUCCCCCUCUGCUCACUCUCUCCCCCUCUGCUCACUCUCUCCCCCUCUGCUCACUCUCUCCCCUUCUGCUCACUCUCUCCCCCUCUGCUCACUCUCUCCCCCUCUGCUCACUCUCUCCCCCUCUGCUCACUCUCUCCCCCUCUGCUCACUCUCUCCCCCUCUGCUCACUCUCUCCCCCUCUGCUCACUCUCUCCCCCUCUGCUCACUCUCUCCCCCUCUGCUCACUCUCUCCCCCUCUGCUCACUCUCUCCCCCUCUGCUCACUCUCUCCCCCUCUGCUCACUCUCUCCCCCUCUGCUCACUCUCUCCCCCUCUGCUCACUCUCUCCCCCUCUGCUCACUCUCUCCCCCUCUGCUCACUCUCUCCCCCUCUGCUCACUCUCUCCCCCUCUGCUCACUCUCUCCCCCUCUGCUCACUCUCUCCCCCUCUGCUCACUCUCUCCCCCUCUGCUCACUCUCUCCCCCUCUGCUCACUCUCUCCCCCUCUGCUCACUCUCUCCCCCUCUGCUCACUCUCUCCCCCUCUGCUCACUCUCUCCCCCUCUGCUCACUCUCUCCCCCUCUGCUCACUCUCUCCCCCUCUGCUCACUCUCUCCCCCUCUGCUCACUCUCUCCCCCUCUGCUCACUCUCUCCCCCUCUGCUCACUCUCUCCCCCUCUGCUCACUCUCUCCCCCUCUGCUCACUCUCUCCCCCUCUGCUCACUCUCUCCCCCUCUGCUCACUCUCUCCCCCUCUGCUCACUCUCUCCCCCUCUGCUCACUCUCUCCCCCUCUGCUCACUCUCUCCCCCUCUGCUCACUCUCUCCCCCUCUGCUCACUCUCUCCCCCUCUGCUCACUCUCUCCCCCUCUGCUCACUCUCUCCCCCUCUGCUCACUCUCUCCCCCUCUGCUCACUCUCUCCCCCUCUGCUCACUCUCUCCCCCUCUGCUCACUCUCUCCCCCUCUGCUCACUCUCUCCCCCUCUGCUCACUCUCUCCCCCUCUGCUCACUCUCUCCCCCUCUGCUCACUCUCUCCCCCUCUGCUCACUCUCUCCCCCUCUGCUCACUCUCUCCCCCUCUGCUCACUCUCUCCCCCUCUGCUCACUCUCUCCCCCUCUGCUCACUCUCUCCCCCUCUGCUCACUCUCUCCCCCUCUGCUCACUCUCUCCCCCUCUGCUCACUCUCUCCCCCUCUGCUCACUCUCUCCCCCUCUGCUCACUCUCUCCCCCUCUGCUCACUCUCUCCCCCUCUGCUCACUCUCUCCCCCUCUGCUCACUCUCUCCCCCUCUGCUCACUCUCUCCCCCUCUGCUCACUCUCUCCCCCUCUGCUCACUCUCUCCCCCUCUGCUCACUCUCUCCCCCUCUGCUCACUCUCUCCCCCUCUGCUCACUCUCUCCCCCUCUGCUCACUCUCUCCCCCUCUGCUCACUCUCUCCCCCUCUGCUCACUCUCUCCCCCUCUGCUCACUCUCUCCCCCUCUGCUCACUCUCUCCCCCUCUGCUCACUCUCUCCCCCUCUGCUCACUCUCUCUCCCCCUGCUCACUCUAUUUCCCCCUGGACUCACUUAUCUUUCCCCCCUGUUUACUCUCUAUUCCCCUUCGUUCAACCCUUUCUCCCCACAAUCCCUCUCACCACCCCUGUUCACACCCCUUGUUCCCCCCUGCUCACUGGCUUUCCCCUUUGCUCACCCCCUUCUCCUGCCUGCUGACUAUAUUUCCCCCUUUGCUCACCCCCUUCUCCUCUCUGCCCACUCUAUUUCCCCCUUCGUUCACCCCUCUGCCCUGUCCACACCUCCCAUACAUGCCCUUCUGUACCUCCAACCUCCAGCCCUCGCUUAUUCGCCAUAUCCCCUCUUCCCUCCCCAUUCCAUCGCAGAACCAUGCUUGUACAUGUGCCCAGCACCAUGGGUCCCAACAGGAGUGGGUUGA